GUGCUCAUCCAUCCCGAACCUAAUUUGCGGCUUCUACGAUUGAGGUAUAGUGACAGAUCUGCUUGAUGAUUCCGCGGUAUUAAUAAAGAGUUGGCCAAUAACGGCUGGGGGCUUUCGGAAGAUCACCGUAUUUUAAGCCCAAAGCAGCUGUCAAAUCUCCCCGCUGUGCCGCUAAAAGGCCGCUAAAAGGCCGCUAAAGGUCCCUGCAUUUGUGGACGUCACCGGUUCUUGGCAUAUGCCAUCACUACACUGAAGGAGACAGUCAGAUAAAUAGACGGCCAGGCAGAGCAGGUUGCUGCUCCGCGUACCACCUGGCUUUUAGUCUGCACAGUCUGCCUAUUCUGGAGCAACGAGCGUCACAGAUCAGGAGCUCAACAAGCCCAAUUCGAAUUAAAUAUAUCACCCCAUCACCCCUUGUUUACGUAUAUAUCCCCACCCAAUCACCGCCAAGAUGGGCGACUCCGAAUCCACUGCCUUCCUUUCAACCCGAGCCGCACUCUCAAGCAAUCCAUCCUACAAUCUCAGCACGCCAUCCCAGCUCACCCCAAACACCCGCUCCGAAGCUGAAGCUGCCCUCACGGCGAAUUCACAGGCUCAGACCGACUCAGCCGCCCCGACUACUCCUCUGCAAGACGCGGCAGCCCGCUUCGAAGCUCUCGCCGGAACCAAAUCCGAAUACAUGGCUGCUAGCACGGACAGCGGUGUCGGAAAGACUCUGAACGAGAAGGAAGCUGCAAUCGACGAGGCGAAGCUGGCGUACAGACGGACACCGGCCCGUACGAGCAGCUCGAACUACGCAGAAGCGCUAGUUGGAGCGGGGAUGUCACCUGCGCCGCAUACGUCGACUGUCUACGAGGAACCAGGCAGCAUGUCGCCGGACUCGAUUGCUGCGAUGAAGGGAGUGGUGCCGUUGAAGACGGGAGUGGGCGAGGGCCAGGCGGAGGCGGUCAAGAGGGCGAGGCCGGCGGGGCUGAAGCUGGGGGAUCUGGGAAGGAAGCAGAGCUGGAGCCCGGAGGACUUCAAGCACGUGUAUAGUGAGAGGUUGAUGGUGAAGGGGAAUGAGGAUCCGGGCUACUCGAGCACUGUGGAAGAGGGAUAGCUGUGUCUGUGCAAGGGACAUGCGAUGGGUCAUGCAUAGGGAUCUUUUCUUUGUCUCGGCCUGGUAUUGAGCGAAAAUGGUCCUCAGGUCUGCUUGCAGGCGGUUAUGACUGACGAGAUUGUUGCUAACCAUCAUGUCUCCUGGCGGAGCAAAUGGAGUCUGAAAUACAAAACGAUUCACAACACUGUUACGAUGACCUUCAAAGGCUAUCCGCUUCCUACGUUAGGUACUUCCUCAGCACUGCUAAAGAACCUCAACAAAGUCGUAAGAGAGUCAGUCCCCCGUUAAACGCUAGUCCGAAUGAAGCUAGCAGGGAUCAUCGCAAGCAACGUCAUGGGUCAAACGCAACCUCUCAACCAUCC